GCGCGCGCGGCAGUACUCGCGGUAUACGUGUGGCAUAUUCAAGAGAAACUCCGCGAAACACGCAGCAGCCGAAGACGUUUGAUUUUUGAAUACUGCAACGGGUACACGCAGAGGGUGAAGUCACCCUUCCCGUGGUGGAAAUCGGAGUCUCGCACGUGCACACGUUGACGCGUGUGCGACGCCGUUCUGCGUCGCCCCCGGCGACUUUCUUACCAGGGAUAACGCGUAAUGCUGUCACAUGGGGAAGACCGAAGUGUCAACGAUCAAUAGUAUUACGAAAAUGACUUGGUGAUUCAUGGUGCCGAGAGUCCCGCGCGAGUCAUGGUGUCUGGGGACAACGAGAGGCUGCUGCCCGAGCCUGAGAAUUAUGCCAAAUGUUUUUACGACCUCUUCAAAAACGUCGCCGAGGCGCAAAGGAAUAAAGGAGAAUGGAGGAAAUGUAAAAGGAACAAAAGUAUCCGUAAACGAGACAAGAAAAAGAUUGAUUUGAACGGAGAAUUGAAUUACAACAAUCCCCCGGAGAUAGAAACAUCUUGUAAUGCCUCGGCAUUUGCUGUGUUUGCUAGUGUGAGACACGCUAUUUUAGAGAAACAUGCGAAAACAUCGAGCGAGAUUUACAGAUCAAAUUGUAAUUCCCCGCCGACAGAACUCAGCGACACUAUUGACACAGACAGCGACGAUGAAGAUAGGAUAUCUACUAUACAAAAUUUACCCAAGAUUGUAGGUAUUGGUUUAAGAAGCGUUUUUACAUUGAUGCGAGAAAGUAGAACAAUCGAUCCAAUUUUGUGUACAAAAGCAUUGUCAGCUCUAUUGGAUGUUUUACAAGGACAGUUACCUGAAGGCCUCAAGUCCGAACCAGAUGACGUUAUUGAUCCACUAUUCGAUCUGUUGUUGGAUCUCGCGACAUCUCACGGUCCUGAGUCAGCUGCUGCCAAUGAUGGCAGUCACUUGACAGCUGUCGCCUGCGCAUGUUUAUUGAGCCUUGUUGUGGUGAGAGGUGACACUGGGCGUCUGCUGGCGGCGAUAGCUGCUCUGCUGAUGUCGCCAAGAGCACUAGCGGUACAAAAUAUUCAGAUGCCAUGUGUGUUAACGUCUCUGCAGAGAAGUGUUCAUGCCGUUUUGUUAGGCAAACUUGUGAGACCAGAUUGGAUUACAUACGGAGUUCCUAAGUGUUCCAAGAUAUAUACCUCUACGCUUAAGUUGUCGAGUGAGAUGAAUAAUAUGGUUUUGAAUGAACGAAGCUUUGUUAGUGACGGGAAGUACUUGUAUCUGCACACAACUCGCGGCUUACUGAAAAUCGGAAGUGGCCACGGUGGUACAAUAUGGGGACACACGUACAUACAUAAAGCGGACUUUUAUCCGACGGAAACGGGAUGGCUUGGUUAUGCUAAUAAUUCAUUGUACUUCAAAUGCGCGCCCAGGAAACAGAGAGAAUUAUUAAUUAUCGAUGCGGAAACACUCGUGGUAACGGGAAUCGCUGUAUUAGAAGGGAAAGAUUGGUCGUCGUCCGUGAUGUUUUCCGAUGGUGAAAAUCUCGGCAUGAUAACGGCAGGCAAAGAUGAAGGCUUCGUGGUACGUACGAUAAAUACGCUCAGCAAUCCUGUAACGGUUACUUCCGAACUACCGCUGAAAUUGGCGAGGAAAUGCGUGGAUAUAUUCGGAUACGCGUCAUUCGAUGAGGAACAAUCGAUACACACUUUGAAUCCAGGAUGCGACGAUGAAAUUGCGAUGGUUACAGCGGGGAAGGAAUUUGGAUUGUUGAAAACGGUGUCUGGCAAGUUACUGUACAGCGGAAAGGGCACCUGUCUUGGCAUGAAGAGCAACACGAGGCCCAAUGGUUGGCUGGAGCUUACCUUCGGUAAGGGUCCGAGGGUGACGCACUUCGCGGUGGGCCACGAUGGGCAGCACGUCGUGAUGGUUAUGGAGGACGGUUCCGUACUCUUCGCCGGUACUGCCAGACGCGGAGAGGACGGGGACAGCAACAAAGUUCGCAGACAACCGAAACCGGUGAAGCCAAAGAAAAUAACGAAGGUGGAAGGGCAGUUUAUCGUGGACGCCGCUUGCAACAACGGAUCGACCGCUCUGGUGACGAGGGACGGUUCGUUGUUGAUGUUCGGCAAGGACACGCUGCACAGCGACGCGGUCACAGGAUUGGUGACCGAUCUGAGGGAGGUUUGCGUGGUCCGCGUGUCGUUGGGGAAGGCUCACGCGGCCGUGCUGACGAACAAAGGCCACCUGUACACGUUCGGUAUAAACAACAAGGGACAGUGCGGUCGGGACUCAGCGACGGUGCACGCGGUCAACAAAGAGAUGUCGGUGGUGGCGAUGGAGAUGGGCACGGGGGAGGACGACCUGAUAUUCGCGGAGGAGGAGAGCGCGAAUUACAUGAACUGGGAGGAAACGAGAGGCAUGUGCCCGCCGGGUCAGCAUCAAUGGCGGCAUCGGGUGUGCAUGGUCUGCACGAUAUGCCGGGAGUGCACCGGCUACAGCAUCUCGUGUCUGAGCAGCAUACGGCCCGAUCGGUAUCCCGGUCAGGAGUGCGGCUGCGGCGAGGGGGACAGCGGGUGCGCCGAGUGCGGCUGUUGCCGCACAUGUGCGAGAAAGAGCUGCAGCAACGGCAUAUCGCGCUCGAAUCUCCGGGAGUACCUGCAGAGACGGCUGGGUGAGAUAAGGGAGCGGCAGAGGUGCAAAGCCGGGCCGAGCACGGUGAAGUACGGCAUGAAGAUCAAAGGUUCGAACAAUCAGCGCGCCGCCGGGCCGAGUAUCGCGCAGAAGGAUCCGGACAAGGUGGCUGGCUCGGGUCUGGGGAAUCUCGUGACCGAGGAGACCGUCGGCGGCAGCGACGCGGAGAGAGGAGACGCCGCGAGGAUCGCCAGCAUCUCGCCGGCGAGGGUCCUCGUGCCCAGCGAGAGCCCGGUCGUCCAGGUGUCCUGCGGCCUGCACCACACGGUGCUGCUUCUGCAGAACGGCGAAGUCUACACGUUCGGCAGCAACAUAUACGGCCAGUUGGGCGUCGGGGACCUGGUGGCGCAUUCGGGCCCGGCUCAAGUCAAGCUGCCGAGCGUCGCCAGCCAGGUGGCGGCCGGCAGCAACCAUACCGUCAUACUGACGUCGAAGGGCGAGGUUUACACGUUCGGCGCGUAUCAGAAGGGGCAGCUCGGCAUGAACUGGUGGAACGGGCAGAACGAACCGGCCAACACCAACUCGCAAGCGAACCGCGGUCGCGCCGACCGCUCCCAGCCGUGGCACAGCUUCCCGAACGUGGUGCCGAACAUCGGGCCCCGAUGGGGCAGGCGUGCGACGUGGAUCGGCGCGGCCGGCGACCAGACCUACCUCAAGAUAGACGAGAUCAACUCGAUCAGUCUGACGAGGAGUACCGUAAUGGCGAACAAGAACUGCAUCAUCCUGAUACCCCAUCAGAACGAGCACGCCAACUCCUUCAAGAGCCUGGUGAUAAGCAAACGCGACGGCACCUGCAACAGCUACAGCGGCGCGGACCAGGUCGACUUCAGCAACUGCGCGGCCUGCCUCGAUCCUCUCUACAACGUCAUCUGGACCUUCAAUUCGACCAACAACGAGAUCAGCCUGUACAACAUAAUAUCGACCGAGACCAGGGCGAUACCCGGCUUGGAGGCUUCCAUACUGAAUCCGGGCUUGGCACUGCCGGUCGUCCCGACCUGCUUCGUCACGCGCUCCCAGGCCGCGAUGCAUCUGCUGGCCUGCCUGGACACCCUGACCCAGGCUCAGGACGAGAAUCUGUCGAUAGUCGAGGAGAACGAGUGCAACCAGUCGACGCACAGCAAGGUCUACAGCCGCGAGGACUUCGCGACGGUCAGCAGAUUCGAGAGCCACGGGGGAGGCUGGGGCUACUCCCCUCACUCGAUCGAAGCGAUCCGGUUCAUGCCCGACACGGACAUCAUGCUGGGCGGAUACGGCUUGUUCGGCGGUCGGGGUGAGUACACGGCGAAGAUCAAGCUCUUCGACAUCGGCAUCGACGGCGGGGAUCAGGAGAACGACGGGGAGCUCCUCGCGGAGACGGAGGAGAUCCCGUACGAGUGCGGCCCGCGGCAGAAGUACUCGAUCUUGUUCGACGAGCCUGUGUUCUUACAGGCGAACAGGUGGUACGUUGCGUGGGUGAAGGUCAGCGGGCCCUCCAGCGACUGCGGCUCCGGCGGGCAGGGGAUGGUCACGGCCGAGGAUCAGGUUAUGUUUUACUUCAAGUCCUCGAAGAGGUCGAACAACGGCACCGACGUGAACGCCGGUCAGAUUCCCCAGCUGUUGUACCGCGUGGUCACGCACGAGAACCAGACGUCGAACCGACAGAGGGACCAGCUCGAGCCGGUCUACGUGCUGAAGAGAGAAUUCAGCAGGACCGUGACGAAGGAGUGCUUCCAGUCCCUGAUAUCUCUCCUCCAGUGGAGCUGGAACACGUUGAAAGCGGGGCUGGCCGACGCGACGGCCUCGACUCACGCGCUGCUCGAGAUGGAGCGCCUGGUGUACAUCAGCAAGGCCAGCCUACGGCUGAUCAGAACGUACACCAACGAGAUCUACCCCAACCACGCGGUCAGGAAAGUCCCCCUCGAGUCGGUGCGCCUCGCGGAAUGCAUAGGCGAGGUGCGGGCUUUGUUGCGCCAGAUUCUCUCCGACUCCCUGCCCUUCGCCCUGAAGAACAAGGGUAAGACGCGCUCCAACAAGGGCUCCGGCGGCACUCUCAGCAACAAGAUGGCGAGCACGAUACUGGACGAGUGCCACAAGACCUUCGUCUCCUGCUAUCACGCCUUCUAUCCCACGGCUUACCUCAAGUGGACUUCCCUGUGCGAGUUGCUCUCGGAGAUCGACAAGGAGCAGGGCGUCACCACGAAGGAUCGUCUCCUCUCCGCCGUCCUGGCUUCCUUGUGCAACUCCGCGAUACGCUUGAGAUGCACAUUCCCGAUUCUGAGCAACGUCGCGGACAGCAGCGACAGCGUCAAACGACAGCUCAGCCCGUCCGACAACGGCGGCCUGCUCAUGGCGAAUUCCACGGAGACGCACCAGUACCCGAUCCUGGUCGAGCAGAUCGGCUACAAGUCCCAGGUGGAGAGCUCCGGCAAGGAGAACUGGUCCUUUCGAGAGGUCCUCGACAGACUGUUGGACCUGAUACUGAUACCGAUCAAGAGGAGCCUCUGCAGGGAGAAGACCCAAUCGCUGCCGGAAUUGGUCCUCCAUUGCUGUUACCUGUUGGCGCGAGUGAUCGCCGAGCUGGCCGCUCAGUCGAGCGGCAACGAGGACGAGCUGCAGGCGGCCUGCGGCCGGCUCAUGUACACCACACCCUCGAGGUUCGUGCGGACGAACCAGUCGAGGUCGUGGAACACCGGUAACGGCUCUCCGGACGCCAUUUGCUUCUCCGUCGACCGGCCGGGUAUCGUCAUCGCUGGCGUCGGCAUCUACGGAGGCGCCGGAGUCUACGACUACGAGUUGGAGCUGCUGGACGAUCAAAACAACACCGGCAACGACCCGUCGCAUACUCAGCGCUGGAGCAGCUUGGACUUCACCAGGGGGACCUUCGGCCCGGACGAUUGCGUGAACGAUAUAGCGGAGCUGAAGUUCGACAAGCCGGUGCUCAUAAAAGAGAACGUUAAGUACGCGAUUAGACUGCGAAAUCGCGGGGGACGAACCAGCAACGGCGACUGCGGCCUGAGCGUCGUCAAAGGGGCGGAUGGUACUACGUUCACCUUUACAGCUUGUUCCCUGAGUUUCAACGGCACCACGCAGACCAGAGGUCAGAUACCACACAUUUUGUACUACUCGAACCCGCAAAAUUCCGACGGGCAGCACACGAACAAAGCCAUGGCGGAAGUGCAAGCGAGAAAGUGCACCCUCGCCAUGACCUCGACGAUCAUUCAACGGUCGAACGAGAUUUUCUCUCUGGCGAGAGAGAGGGCGGAGGAAGUGAUAGCCAAUGAAGUUCUCAGUAACGCCACCUUCGUGACGACCCUCCUGCCGCUGGUGAUGACGCACAUCAGUCCCUUAGCUACGUCGGAUCCCCGAAGCAGCGUGCAGAUCCUCACUCUGAUACAGGAGAUGUUGCCGCACGUAGCAGCUUUGAACUUGUUAUCUGCAAUGGGAACCUCUCAAAUAUCUCAAGACAGUGAAACUCAAUCACACUUCGCUCCUCCGGUUACUACCAGUCAUCAUUAUACUUGGCUGGAGAGCGACCAUCCUUAUAAACCAGCCACGGUGUCGUAUUACAAAGUCACUUUCCCGGAGACGGUCAAGUGGCUGACUGUCGAAUUCACCGCGGAAUGCGGCACGUCGCAACCCGAAGAUUACCUGCAGCUCUACGUACCAAAUAUCAUUCCCAAUCCCUCGGCCGGAUCAGUCACGAGUACCGCGAGCGAAGACAUUCCUCUGUACUGGCCGGUGCUGCACAAGUUGAGCAAUGUUCAAAGCCAAUGGCCUCAAAACGCCGUUGUGCUGCCAGGGAACGAGGUGAUAUUUUCCUUGGAAACCGCAUCCGACUACGUGAAGAACGAGAGCUCCAAUACUUACGGCUUCAAGUGCUUGGUCACCGGUUACGAUUGGAUAACGUCCGGUCACGGUCUGAAGAAUCUGGAAAUUGAAUUAUCCUUCUUGGGAGGAGCGUGCGCCGCCAGUCUCAUGAAGAAGAACCUAUCGUUGCCUCCCGUAUCUUCGGAGGAGGUUGAAGAGGACUCGGAAUCGAUGCAAGAAACAGCGAAGAGGAUCUUCUCUGUACACUCGACAUUACUUGGACGAGGAUUCGCACUUGCGUCGCCCCCCACCGUUUCCCAGGCUCUGGACGGCGUACUUCCGUACAGUUUUCACUCGAACGAACGUCUAUUCCUGCGCGACUUCGUCUCCUGCUCGGCCGGCACCAGCGGCGGCAGACUCGCGAGAUGGCUGCAGCCGGACAGCUUUGUGGACCCCACUCAAUGCGAGGCGCUUUAUUCGCGCGAGGAUAUGAGAUGCGGAUGGCCGGCCAUCGUCACCGUGCUCACGAGAGAUCAAUAUGGCGAGGUCGUGCACGUUCCCGGAUUGAAGGUCGAAGUGAAGGCGGUGCCGAUCGACAAGACGGACAUCACGGAUUCCGAUCAGAGUCGGAAGAUUCGUCGCGUCUCCCAGCCGGACCCCAUGACCUUCGGUGGUCAUCCGCAGCCGCCGUUAGACGUUCCCUACGAGGUCACCAUCAACAACAAGAUGUGCUUCUACGCCAUCAACAUCAUGAAAGCCUAUCAGAAUUACUCGUUCGAGGAGCUGCGGCUGAUGUCGCCCGCCGUGAAAAGGUCGAGCGAGAGCAUGCUUGUGAGACCUAACGGCGACGGCAGUUACAGCGCCACGUGGACGCCGUCUUCCGUCGGCUGGUAUUCGCUGAUGAUCACCGUGGACGGUUACAAUAUGGAAGAUAAUUACAAAGUCGAGGUGAAGGAGUCUCCGCAAGGCAUGCAACCGCCCACGCAGAACAUUGUCAAAAAGCCGCAGCUGCAGCCAAGCAGACUCCGGAAAUUCGUGGCGAAGAACAGCGCCGGUCUGAGGAUACGAGCCCAUCCGUCGCUGCAGAGCGAACAAAUCGGAUUCGUCUCGGUUAAUGACACUAUAGCGUUCGUCGAUGAGAUUCAUAACGACGACGGCGUCUGGCUGCGAUUAAACGCGGAGACGAUCAAGGAAUACUGCAACAGCAGUCACCUGGAGGCUUGGUGCUUGCAGUACAAUCAGCACUUGGGGAAGACUCUUUUGCUCCCGGUGGAGGAACCCAAAUCUAUUCUCGAUCAAGUAAUCAAGGAGACCAUAAUGCGAAAACGGCCCGAUACUGGCGACGAUCUUUCUGCCGUUCGCAGCAAGAGGAAAACGGUGACCUUCGACGCCGGAAGGAGCAUGAUAGUCGUGAAAUGCGGGGCUUCCGGGCACAAUAUCAGAAGCAAGCCCAGCUUGAAGAGCGCGCCAGUCGGGAUGUUGGCGCUUGGGAAUACAGUAACUAUUCAGGAAUACUGCGUGAACCACGAGGGCACCUGGGUGCGCAUCGAUGACGACUCGGUGACGAAGUACUGCUUCGACAAGGGCCGCGGAGGCGUCGACGGCGAAGCGUGGUCGCUCGCGAUCAAUAAACACGGCGUGAUUUACAUGAAGAUUGAGCAGGAUCUGGAAAACGACCCGAUAGAGAAGAAACCGAUGAUACCGGACCCGGCCGCUUCCCCCACUAACAAAGGCUUCGAUUUUUCGAUACCAUCCGUGAGCCACGAGGGCUUCAACUUCACCACACAGAACUACACACCGGACACGACGGAGUCCGUCGAGGGUUGCAAUACGAAUCCAUUUGUUUUCGGCUCGUACAAUCAGCACGACUCACCAGGAAGCGAACGAUUUACACCGGAGAAGAACGACGGGACUGCGAAGUUCUCGAAGCCUCAUUCCAAGGAAAGAGUGGCGAAGGAGCGGGAGAGGGAAGGCGGCGGCGGAAAGUUUAGUGUUCUUCAAAAAUGGCUCAGAGGGGAUGAUAAAUGUCACGGCGAGAAAAGAAAUUCCCCGGGCAGGGAUUUCUCGGAAUUCGUGGGCGUGUCUGUGAAGGAGCUGGUGAAAGCAAUGGGGGAGAGUCGCGCGAACGGCAACGGAGCGACACCGCCGGAGACUCCUCGGCGAACGUCGAGAAGUUCCUCGCCGAAGAAUCCCCAAGGUGGGUCACCAAGAUUUCGCAGUCCGUCCUCUAGCCCAGUCCCGAUACCCGCUGGGUCCAGUCGACAGCCAGCUGUUUCUGGCAAUUGCCUCUUCCCGCCUGCUGCUAACGCACCAGGUGGGAGAAGCGCGAUAGGAGGGGGAGAGAGUAUGAGUAGCAGCCCUGUGCUCUGCGGCUCCCCCCGAAGUGUCGGCCUCUCCCCGUUAGUGUCGGGAGGGAUGGUCGACAGCAUCACGUCGCAACGUCGCAGCUCGACGCAGAGCGACACAAGUGCCUUGGUUAGCAGUCUGACGAGAGAUCCGUCUCAGUCACCGAGCGGCAUUAGUACUACUGCCAAUACGCGCGAUCUAUCGCCGAGCCCGAGUUGCAGUUCUUUACACAUGAGAUCCGAGGGGAGCAUAGCGAGCCCGCCCGAUACUCCGAAGAAAGAUUGUUGUUGCGAUUCCCAGGAGAGCCCGCGCAAAGUGUCGCAGGCGCAGACACAAACGAGUCCCGAGAGCGCCGCUACGGCGAUGAAGGGUCACUUUAGCAUCGGCUCGUCCGGGGUGAAGGACGAGCGGCAUUCGCCGAAGAUGAGCAGGAGGGAUCACAUGAAGGUCGCGAAGACGCGGGCGAAGCGCGCCAUGUCGCCGGCGAACACCCAGCAGAGCCCCAAUCCGAACCGGCCUCUGAAUUUGAGCAAGGACAAGGUGAAGGAAGCGGUCAGCCCGUCUGUGGCGGAGUGUCUGAGGGCCGUGUUCGCGGCGUUCCUGUGGCACGAGGGCAUCGUGCACGACGCCAUGGCUUGCGCGAGUUUCCUCAAGUUCCAUCCGACCCUGCCGAAGCAGGGCGCGUUGGUCGUUACCCGACAAGCGGUCGUGCAGCCCAGCGACAAGCAGCAGCAAGAGCAAAAGGCGCGGCAACGACACUCCGUCGAGGUGACCAACGCCGGAAAUUAUCUGCACAUUCAGCCCAGCACGUUGGAGACUCUGACGCGUUCGGCCGCGAACGCUAACGCCAAUCGGAGCAGGAAGAAACAGGAGAACACGAUCAAGGAGGAGAUCCAGGCGAACAGCAGUAAGCUCAGCUCCCUCCCCGAGUUUCACACGGUCGCGGUGUUACCGCCCGCCCUGAAGAGCCUGGUCUUCCUCUGGGAAGAGCUCAGCACGAAUUGCCUGCAGGCCAUCGAGCAACAGUCGAUCCUGCCGAGUCCCAUAUCGCACGUACAAACGAUGAAGCUGGCGAAACGGCCGAUACCGGAGAAACGUCCCCGGGAGGACAAGGUGAAGGAGCGCGAAAAGAAAGGUAGUAGAAAGAAGAAGGAGUGGCGGCCGAUAGGAAGGGCGGACACUUCUGAGGUUUUUACAGGGAUCGAGCGCGAGACUAUCUGCGAACUCUGCGGUCUGAUGUUCCCGCAUCCAGUUACUUAUCACAUGAAGAUGAUGCAUCCAGGCUGCGGCUGGCAUGCCGGCGGAAAAGGAUACAACAGCGGCGGCAAUUACUGCGUUGGCUGGGCGGGCAACUGCGGCGACGGUGGUGUCGGCGGGAGCUCGUGGUACUUGAUCUGCGACACGUGCCGAGAUAAGUAUCUCAAGGCCAGGAAGAGCAAGUUGGCGAAGAAAAUGGAGACCGGCGUGUCCAAGAGGAAGAGCAGCAGCAGCAAGGCGCUAUCCCCGAUUUACAGCCCCGGCGGCAACGAGACUCACAUCAUUAUGAAGAAUAACGCGAUGUUCCUGCUGGAUUUGGCCAGCGCCUCCGGCUUCAAUAUUCCGAAACAGCAGCGCCGACCCUCGCAAACGCUGUCGUCCGUGGCGGAGAAUUACAGUCCCCCGGAGGCAGCCGGACCGUUCCCGCCGACCGGGCCGUUCCAAUGCUUGCAAGCUUUGGGUGUACAUCACUCGCAGAGCCACGACGAGAGAUAUUACGAGGAGGCUCUCAGGCGUCAAAACGGCCAGCAGAAUAAUUACGAGGGAGCCAGCGCCAUGUACAACAAUACGAGCGGCAGGCCACUGUCGGAGUAUCCAAUGAGCGACAGCGAUAUCGAGAGCGGCAAGUAUCGCAGUAUGUUUCAUAGAUCGGUGUCCAUGUCCACCGGCGCGCCGUGGGCCAGGAACAGCAACGACGGCAGAAUCGUCAUGAUGAGGAAGCGGAAUAACAGCAGUGGCGAAAUGAACAACGAAGGGGGUUCUUCGCUCCUGUGUUAUCCGUCCGCCGCGCUCCAGAAACUAGUACCAUCGAUGGACCAAUCCGUGAUAGUAUCUUCAAGUCAAACCGAAGUAGCGAAUAACGAUCGGAUCGAGAUUCUCAUGAGACCGGUGAUGCUAUUCGUUCUUCAACAGCACAACUUGCAGCAUCUGCAGCUCGCGAUGAAGCAAGCUUUGCGCCGCGCCGCCUGCCGAGUUUACGCGAUGCAGGCGUUAAAUUGGCUUUUGAGGAGCGUAACUCAGCCAAUUUGCCUGCACGACUUGCUUUGGUGGUUCGUCUCGUCUCUAACGCCGGUUGUUCCCGCCGACACGGCGGAUACGAACGACGACGACAAUAGAACGGAAAAGAAGGAGGAUCAUGACGUGAUUGGCGUCAGCGAGCAUCCAUUAAGCGACUUGGUAAUAGCCGGAGAAUCUGUCAAUCCGUUGCCCACUGUGUUUCACACCCUAUUACAAACGAUUGCGGAUCUAAUGUUAUUACCACCACUCGGAUCUCCGUUGCAACAAGCCGCGAUUCGGUGUUGGGGUAUCCGUUUUACACCGGCGGACCACAUGUUCCUGCACAGAAGUCACGUAUUCAGUAACAUCAGCAAGAUUCUCUCACGGUCCGAGGAGGAAGAAGAUGUGACGAUGAGCAUGCACGAGAGCCACCAGUCGACGGUCUCGCAGCAGAUGAGCGGUUGCGUGGAGGCCCUGAAGGACCUGACGUCCAGCGUCGAUAUUAAGGCGUCCAGCAGGCAGGCCAUGAUCGGCAGCCUCACGGACAAUUCCACGGAAACCUUUUGGGAAUCUGGAGAUGAAGACCGCAACAAGACCAAAGUCAUCACUAUCGUCUGCGGUGCUCAUUCCUUGCCAAGAAUGGUGUACGUGCACAUCGACAAUUGCCGCGACUUAACACAUAAAGUGUCGAGUGUAACUUUCCUGUCCGGCGUUAAUUCCGACGAAAUGAUCAAACUGAGAUCCGUAGAGAUCGAAAGUAGAUCAGCCGGAUGGAUCAAUUGCCCUAUCACUGAUCAACGCCACGUGGUCGUGGGUAUGGAACUGAAGGGCCCGGAUAAUUCCCUGAGAGUUCGCCAGAUCAGAGUGCUAGGCGAGAUCGAGGGGGAGUCCUUGAAAGUAGGGAAACAGCUGAGCGCGCAGACCAUUCAGCAGAGAAACUGCGAAGCGGAAACCUUGAAGGUGUUUCGCUUGAUCACUUCUCAGGUGUUCGGGAAGCUUAUACAAGGGGAGAAACAGCAGCAGAUGGAGCCGACGGAGGGCGUUAAUGAGGACGUGGAGGAUAGCAAUGACCUGAGAGAGCAUAUGGUCGGCAUAUUAUUCAGCCGGAGCAAUCUGACACACUUGCAAAAACAAGUGUGCACCCACAUCGUGCAGGCGAUCAGAAAGGAGACCAUACGCAUGAGGGAGGAAUGGGAGACACUUCUGUUCUCGCCGACGCCCGCUAAUAGUUUACUGAGUGACAACAGCGAUCUGCAAAAGGCGACCGAUACGUAUUGCUUCGAGAUGCUUUCCAUGGUUCUCGCUCUGAGCGGCAGUUCCGUAGGGCAGUAUUACCUGUCGCACCAGACUGGCUUACUGAAGGAUCUAUUGAGCCUGUUACAUACCGGAUCGGCUAGAGUGCAGCGCCAAGUGACGUCCCUCUUAAGACGGAUAUUGCCCGAGAUCAAGCCGGGAACGUUAGCGAGCGUUAUAAACGUCGAGCAACUGCCGCCUACCGACUUCAGCAUUGUCUCCGCGGCGAACAGCAGCCUCGCUCAUGUCGCGGAUUUCAACGAACAUUCCGCCGGGAUCCUCGACGUGUUUCUCAGCUGCAUCGCGAAGGCGUUGACGGUGCAGGUUAAGAUGAAAGGAAAGGAAAACAAUGGUAAGGCCCUUCAGAGCGUCUCGUUAGCCAGCAGCAUUCAUCCGGACAGUUACGUCGGGACGAGAUGGUGGCUGAGAGGUUGCAUGACGCGAAAGCUGGCGGAAGUGCUGAUUCAGCUUCUGAAGGACAUGGCAUCGGGGAAAUUGUCAGAGGAAUGGGCGUCCGUGACGAAGGCUGGAAUAGCCGAGAACAUUUUAAACUUGACCAGAUUGGACGAGAAGAGUCGAGAUCCCGCCGAAUGCCUUCGAUCCCCGACACUGUGGUUAGCGCUCGCUUCUUUAUGCGUCUUAGACUCCGAUCACGUGGAGAGAUUGUCGUCCGGUCAAUGGAGGGGUUCCGAGGGUCAAGCGCCGCCGCCCAGGCCGACAUGCAGCAAUCAUGACGACGACGAGACCACGGCCAUUAUCCAGUGUAACGUUUGCGGCAACCUGUGCGCGGAAUGCGACCGGAUCCUCCACCUUCAUAGGAGGACGAGGACGCAUCUCAGGCAAGUGUGCAAGGAGGAGGAGGAGGCGAUACGGGUGGAUCUUCACGAGGGUUGCGGCAGGACGAAGCUCUUCUGGAUUCUCGCUUUGGCGGACAGCCGAACGUUGAAGGCGCUGGUGGAAUUCCGCGAUGGCUCGCCGAGGAAACCGGUCGGCGCGGCCACCGGUAUCUGCCGAUUCUGCGGCACCACCGGCAACACGGGCCUGUUGGCGAUAGGGAACAUCUGCGCCGACCACGAUUGCCAGGAGCACGCGAAUAACGCUUGUAACAAGGUUCACUCUUGCGGCCACAUUUGCGGCGGUGUCAGGAACGAGAGAACCUGCCUACCCUGCCUGCACCGUUGCUUACCGGGGUCCGAUUUGAAACAGGACGCCGACGACAUGUGCAUGAUCUGCUUCACCGAAGCUCUCUCCUGCGCCCCGGCGAUCCAGUUGCAGUGCGGCCAUGUGUUCCACCUGCACUGCUGCCGGCACGUGCUGAUGAAGCGUUGGGUGGGACCGCGAAUCACCUUCGGCUUCUCCCUCUGCCCGAUUUGCAAGGUACCGAUGGAGCAUCCGACGUUGUCCGAGCAAUUGGCCAGUGUGAAGGAACUCUACGACGACGUGCGGAGGAAAGCUCUGAUGCGCUUGGAAUACGAGGGCUUGCACAAGGCCGAAGGAGCUUUCGCACCCGGCGGUCGUUACCAGGAUCCAGCCGCCUACGCGAUGGAACGGUACGCGUACUACGUGUGCUACAAAUGCCAGAAGGCCUACUAUGGUGGUGAGGCGCGAUGCGACGCACAGCUAGGCGGGGAGUCGUUCGAUCCUACGGAACUGGUGUGCGGCGGAUGUAGCGACGUGGCAAGGGCUCAGAUGUGUCCGAAGCACGGGGCAGACUUCCUCGAGUAUAAAUGCCGAUACUGUUGUUCGGUGGCGGUCUUCUUCUGCUUCGGAACCACGCACUUCUGUAAACCUUGCCACGACGACUUUCAGCGAGUUACCACCAUCCCCAAAAACGAACUGCCUAUGUGUCCCGCCGGUCCCACGGCCAAACAGUUAGAAGGAGACGAAUGUCCGUUGCACGUGAAACAUCCACCAACGGGAGAAGAGUUCGCUUUAGGUUGCGGCAUUUGCCGCAACGCGCACACAUUCUAA